GAAGUCCACAAAGAUACAGAGAAAGAUUCUCAGGGAGUGAGGGACAGAGCCAAUCUCUGUAUCUGAGAGUUAUAGGAGGGAAUAAAACAAUGCAGCGUAACUACGAAAGGACGCCAGACUUGUUUUUCUUGUUUCGCCACAUCCCAAGGAGGAUAGACAUCCUCUCACAAAACAGCCAAACUCACUACAGUCACUUGAGCAGGAGGAGUGGUGUCUUUGCCCCGGAUUUAAACACGCGAGACGCACCAAAAGAUGUCAACAUCACCUCCAUUGGUGCUGCCUAGAAGGACUUCAGGUGUCCGAGUUAUGGUCCUGAAAGGACAGCAGGAGCUUCCUGAUGGGGUUCCUAAGAAGUCUGGCAAAGAGAAUGGUACCAGUGGGGAGUCGAAUCAGAUGCCUCCACUGAAUGCAGACAGAGAAGUGGAGAUUAUGAACCACUGCUUUGACGAUGUGGAGCGAUUCAUGUCGCGCUUACAACAGGCGGCAGAAGCCCAGACUGUCCUCAACCAAAGGAAAAAGAAAAAUGAGAGGAAGACCAGGAAGGAUAAGAAGGCCCAAGAAGAUAGUUUGUUGACCAUGAAAGCCAGUCCUCCACCAGAAGAAGAGUUUGUGAACAUCUUUCAGAAAAUCAAGUACUCCUUCAGUCUGCUGGACCGCCUGAAGUCAUCCAUCUCACAGCCCAAUGCCCAAGAGCUGCUCCACCACAUCUUUGUGCCUCUCAGACUAAUGGUGAAAACCACUGGGGGACCAGCAUUAGCUGCAUCCAUCAUCAGUCCUGCUUUGACCAGUGGUGCCGUUAAACUGCUCCAGGAACAUCUGACUUUAGAGGAAAAUGAGCUGUGGACUUCACUGGGGACCAACUGGACUUCACCCUGCUCCCACCUCGGCGUGACUGUUCCUCCAUAUACACCUGUCUUUCUGGAUGGGUGGAAGCCUCAGACUCAUGACUCUACUGGCCAGCCUUUUCAAGAUCCCAUCGAGCUUCAGCACAAAGUAGAUGCUUUCAAUGAAACCAAGCAGAAACAAAGCCAGCAGGAACAAGCUCAACAGGCAGCACAGAGCCCCAGAGACGGAAAAGGACAUGCACACGGUGAGAGCCAUUAUCGAUGCAGUUACGACUUUGUCGCCAGAAACAGCAGUGAACUCUCUGUGCUAAAAGGAGAAACACUUGAGGUGAUUGACUCAUCAAAACGUUGGUGGAAGUGUCGGAACAGCUAUGGCGAGAUAGGAUUUGUUCCCUUUAACAUUUUGGAGCCUGUGUCUGCUCUGAAUAACACGGGGAAAGACGGCUCAGUGGUGCACAGUGGGUCACAGGCAGGUCCUGUCCCUGGCUCAAAGCGCUACUCAUACACCCCAACAAGCGGGGGUCCCACUUCAACAAAUCCAGCAGUGCGACCUCAAAGCAUGGUUUUACCAUCUGCAGGGAUGCAGGGAGAUGAACCUGACAGAGUUCUGAUAAUGAAUGAUGAGCUUCUACAAAGGAUAGCCCGGAGAAGAGGCUCAUUUCAACAGACAGCUGAUAACUCUACACCUCUGAACUAUGACUCUCCAUCUUCUGAGGUGGCAGCCUGGCUUACUGCCAAAGGCUUCAGCCCACUGACUGUUAAGAGCCUGGGAAUUUUAAAUGGAGCGCAGCUGUUCUCCCUAAAUAAGCAGGAGUUUGUUGCGGUGUCACCAGAAGAGGGUGAAAACGUUUACAGCCACAUAAUGGCAGAGAAGACUCUGCUUGAGAAUGCACGAAAACUUUAGAACUGGAUGCUUCGAUGGAUCAAAACAGUUAAAGAUUAACUCA